UUUGUAGAACUGAAUCGUUUCAACUUUAAACUUUCAAGUGGUUUUUAUUUGGACUGUCCAGGAAAAUUCAUCAAAGUUGGACUACAUCUACAAAUUUGAAUCUUUCUGUGUGAAGAUUUUAGGUUAUUGAACAAAACUGUUUUAUAUCGCUUUUUAUCACUUUGCUAUCUCUCUGAUUUAUAAAUCAAGUUUUUAGACUUCACUCUUUUUAUUUGUUUUGGUGCCUUUGUGUCUUUCAAUCUCGGUUUAGGAUCUUUUUUCUUUCCAUAAUCAUGAGUGAUCUAGAGAAUUCAUUUGAAAAAAUUGAAGAUGUUGAUCCAGACAUCAUUGCUGAAGAACAAAAUGUUUCGCCUGCAAUUGAACAUGAUAUUGAAUUAGAAAAUGAGCUGAAUCAUGUUAACCAAGAAAACGGAGAAAACCUUGACGCUGGUUCUACUGAUUUUACAGAUAACUCAAACUCUGUUCCAGCUGAUAAUUUAACCAGUAACGGACUCACCAAUGAAGUUAACGGUGAUAAGGAGCCUAUUAAAGAAUCAGAAAAGAUCCGAAAAUGGAGAGAAGAG